AUGAGCAAGUCCCCCACCCCAAAGGGCACCCCGGUGCAGCGCAGCCCCAGUGAUGGGGUCCCCGACGGGCUCCCGUCGCCCCAGCCCUCCACCCCGGGCUCCGGGCCGCAGCAUAAGAAACGCAUCUCCAGUCUUCUCCAGAGUCCGCUGAUAGCCAUCUCCCUCCAGGUGUCAGCCAUGAAGUGCGGCCUCCUGCCUCUGUCCCACGAGGCUCUGCUGGUUGGAGAUGUGGCCUAUUACGACUAUAACGGAGUCAUGGAGGAGGAGGAGGACCGAGUGGAGCUGCAGAAAAGCUUAGGACCCACCUGUAAGGUUCUGGUGCUGAGGAAUCACGGCAUCGUGGCUCUCGGGGAAUCUGUGGAGGAGGCCUUUUACGCCAUCUACCACAUCCAGGCAGCCUGCCAGAUCCAGGUGUCCGCCCUGUGUUGUGCCGGCGGGGAGCAGAACCUGAUACUGCUGGACCGCACCGUCCACAAACCCACUCCGGCCGGCACCGUCGGCUGGGCCGGCUCCACUUUCGGACCCCUGCAUAAGAGCCGCGUCGGGGAUCACGAGUUCGAAGCCCUCAUGAGGACUCUGGAUAACCUGGGCUACCGCACCGGCUACGCCUACCGCUUCCCCGUGCUGCUGGAGCGCACGCGGACGCGCAGGGAGGUGGAGGUGCCCCCCACCGCCACCGCCUUCCACCAGUUCGACGACGACGGCGUGCACCCGUCCCUGAGGCAGCACCCGUUCGUCCAGCGCCAGCAGCAGGAGAGGACCCGCUGGCUCAACACCCCCAACACCUACCAGAAAGUCAGCCAGGAGCAGGCCAGCCCGGGCCACCAGCGCACCACGUGGCUGAAGACUGAGGAGAUGACACAAGCUGGCAGCACGUCCAUCAAGAUAGAGAAAAACCAGUUUGUGCCUCUUUUCACCAACCCGCGAGAGGUGAUCGAGACCCGAAACAAGAUCCGACAGCAGAACCGCCAGGACAUGAAAACAGCGGGACCGCAGUCUCAGGUUCUGGCCGGCGUCAUAACAGUGGACGGUCCCCCGAGCCCAGUAAGCCCGCCCAAAGCCCCACCCGAGCCAGAACCCCCCAACCCCUUCAACCAGCUGACGGACCAGGAGCUGGAGGAGUACAGGAAGGAGGUGCAGAGGAAGCAGGAUGGAGGGACCAACGGGGAGGAAGUGGCAAAUGACAAGGAUGUCCCCCCUGCCACCUCCCCUACAAAGGGCCCCGAGGGCAGCCUCCCUCCUCUCGAAGGCUCUCAGUGGGUCCUGAUUUUCUUCUUCUCCUUCUUCUUCUUAUGUCACUUGAUUGUGGCAGAGGAGACAAAGACCGACUCUCCGGCCAUUCAGAACGGAGGAGAGGAAGAGAAGCAGACGACAGAGGAGCUGGAGAAAGGCAUGAAGGCCCUCUCGACCAACGACACCUCCUCCCCUCCUGCCGCCCCGCUGGCCAAGCUGCAGGGCGGCACCCCCGAAGGCUCCCCCUCCAAGUCCCCAUCCAAGAAGAAAAAGAAGUUCAAGCCGCCGUCGUUCCUGAAGAAGAGCAAAAAGCAGAAAGAGAAGGCAGAGACCUGA